AUGUACUAUCCAGUCUCCCUUGUCGUUGCCGAAAUGCUAACAACGCUUUUCAGAAUUAGGAAGGUGCCAACUUCCAUUUGCUACUUCGAUUGCACGCCCAGCUGUACAUUUGAGGGCGAGAGCAGCGCGACAGUUUGCAAAGUGCCCGAGACGCUAGCCGCCGUGGUGAUGUCCUGUGACUACCGCAUCCUGAAUUCCGCCACGAUCCUCGUCAAGUAUACUGUGAACAUGGAAGCCCUGGACAGUACUGGUAACUGGAGUUGUGAGUACCAGGGCGUGAGGGCGCGGCCUCUGCUGCUUCAGGCUGCGGAACAGCAGACUUCCACACAGCCUCUGCCGCCUCCGAGAGGCCUCUCGUCAACUGAGUCAACGACUGCCGAGCCUGUCGUAGUGGAGGCUUCUAUGCCGAACAAACUUCCAGAUAAGAAGGUAGGUGUCCGGAAAGACUUGAGGGGACCGAGUCUGAUAUUGCUGCUAGUAUUUAACCUUCUGCUGACUAGCAGUGUAGCUGAGUAA